ACUGAAUUAAUCAUAAUCAAAUCACGAAUCCGUACCUUACAACUUCUCGCGGACACCCCCCCAAAACCAAUCCCCCUUAACCCUACAAACAAGGAACCAAGAAAGCAAGGAUAAGAGCAAAAAGAUGUCGAAACCCGUCAUCCCCACAUCCCAAUGGGCCCAAGUAGCCGAUAAAAUCGGCGGACCGUUGCAGUACCGACAAAUCCCCGUCCCAACCCCCGGACCCGACGAAGUCCUCGUGAACGUAAAAUACUCGGGAGUGUGCCACACGGAUCUGCACGCGAUGAUGGGCGAUUGGCCCCUGCCCGUGAAGAUGCCCCUGGUGGGCGGACACGAAGGUGCCGGCGUCGUGGUGGCGCGCGGAGCUCUCGUCACUAGCGUCGAGAUCGGCGAGCACGUCGGCGUCAAGUGGCUGAACGGGUCCUGUCUGGCGUGCGACUUCUGCGAGGGCGCCGAUGAGCCGUUGUGUGCGGAUGCCAUCCUCUCGGGCUAUACGGUCGACGGGACGUUCCAGCAGUACUGUCUCGCGAAGGCGGCACAUGUCACGCCCAUCCCCAAGUCGGUGAAGCUGGAUGAAGUGGCGCCAAUACUAUGUGCGGGUGUCACGGUCUAUAAGGGCCUGAAAGAGAGCGGCGCUACGCCGGGGCAGGCCGUAGCCAUUGUCGGGGCUGGGGGCGGCUUGGGUUCGCUGGCGCAGCAGUAUGCUAAGGCGAUGGGGUUGCAGACUAUUGCAAUUGAUACAGGAGAUGAGAAGAGAGCGCUGUGCGAAAAGCUUGAGGCGAGGGCCUUCAUUGAUUUCGCCAAAACCAAAGACCUCGUCGCGGACGUGAAGGCUGCCUCACCGGAUGGCCUGGGCCCGCACGCCGUACUACUCGUCGCAGCGGCGGAAUUGCCCUUCCAGCAGGCGACUGCAUAUGUGCGGUCCAAGGGCUGCAUCGUCGCCAUCGGCUUACCGGCCAAGGCACAGCUCAAGGCGCCCGUGUUCGACACGGUAGUGCGGAUGAUUACCAUCAAGGGCAGCUAUGUGGGCAAUCGGCUGGACGCGAAGGAAGCGGUUGAUUUCUUCACCAGGGGCAAAAUCAAGGUGCCGUAUAAAACGGUGGAGUUGUCAGAGUUGGGGAAUGUCUUCUCGUUAAUGAAAGAAGGAAAAGUCGCCGGACGCUAUGUCCUCAAGAUGCCAGAGUAG